CCUCUCAAAAUAACAGAAAAUACAACCACCAAAAAAAAGCUAAGAGAAAGAAAAUCCACAUACACAUAAUCCGGUUCGAUCCAUCUCCUGCAGCCAUCAAGCGCCGCAGCGAAGGAGUCGAGGAGUCGAAGAAGAAACGAUAACUUCAUCCAUCCCUCUUCUCCUUUGCUCGUUCUGCCCUCCCUAAUCAGGGAGAUGGCGCUGUACGAGCCUAUCAAAGUUCAUGAAGUUGAUGAAGAAGACGGAAUGGCGGAUUCCGUGAUCAUCAAGAAUGUAAAUCAAGACGUUGAGAUGGCUGUUCCGAUCUCCAAGCUCACAUCCUCCGCCCCUCCAAACGACGCAGUCUCCUUCGCCACCGCCUACAGUCACUCCGAGGGAACCACAUUGCCUACUUGUUCCAAGGUGCUCCACCGCCAGCAGCAACGGCUCGUUUCGCUCGACGUCUUUCGCGGACUUACGGUUGCGCUGAUGAUAUUAGUGGACGAAGCUGGGGGACUUCUGCCUCCAAUUAACCAUGCACCCUGGAAUGGUUUGACACUUGCAGAUUUAGUCAUGCCAUUCUUCCUCUUUAUGGUUGGUGUUUCACUUUCCCUUGUGUACAAGAGAUUGUCAUGCAGGGCCAUUGCAACCAAAAAAGCAUUAUUGAGGGGGUUUAAGCUUCUAGCAUUAGGCAUGUUUCUUCAAGGUGGAUUUUUCCACGGCAUCAAGGAACUAAUUUUCGGGGUCGAUAUUGCAAAGAUGAGAUGGAUGGGCAUUCUACAGAGAAUUGGAAUAGGGUAUUUAGUGGCUGCAUUGUGCGAGAUUUGGCUUAAGGGCGAUGGGACUGUUAUUUCAGGAUCAUCUCUGCUCAGGAAGUAUAAACUUCAGCUGGUUAUGGCAGUGAUGAUAAGUGUGACAUAUCUGUUGUUAUUAUAUGGCUUGUAUGUUCCUGAUUGGGAGUACCAAGUUUCUACUGGACCCUCCUCUGCACCAAAAAUAUUUUCAGUGAAAUGUGGAGUAAGGGGUGACACAGGACCGGCAUGUAAUGCUGUUGCGAUGAUUGAUCGCAAUUUAUUGGGUCUUCAGCAUUUAUAUAGAAGACCCAUCUAUUGAAGAACAGCGCAAUGCAGUAUCAACUCCCCAGACUAUGGGCCAUUACCUGAUAAUGCUCCUUCUUGGUGUCAAGCCCCUUUUGAUCCUGAAGGACUUUUAAGUUCAUUGAUGGCCAUUGUUACCUGCUUGGUUGGUUUGCACUACGGUCACAUCAUUAACCAUUUUAAGGAUCACCGGAACAGAGUUCUGCACUGGACUAUUUCAUCCACGUCUCUCGUAGUCUUAGGCCUUGGAAUGGACUUAUUUGGUAUGCGUAUAAACAAGGCUCUUUACACAUUCAGUUACAUGUGUAUGACAGCUGGUUCUGCCGGCAUUAUCUUUGCAGGAAUCUACUUGAUGGUUGAUGUUUGCAGCUACCGGCGUCCAACUAUUGUACUGGAGUGGAUGGGGAAGCAUGCAUUGGCAAUUUUUGUUCUUGUAGCUUGCAAUCUCUUGCCAGUUAUUCUUCAUGGAUUUUACUGGGGCAAGCCUCAGAAUAACAUUCUCACCUUAGUUGGAAUUGGAAAAUGAACUGAUGGAGGCGAGUAAUUUUAAGUUCGUCUAAUUUUGCUCAGUUUGGAGACGAAGAGAGACAAUCUGGAGUUCAUCUUUUUGUAGGGGCGACAUCACAUUUUCUCAGUUCAUUCUCUUCCAUGUAUGUAUUGGAGCUUCUGUACAUAAUGGUGUAGGCCUAACUUUUUACUAAUUCGGCUUGCAUGAAAAACAAAAUGCAUGAAGAGAUUUGAAUUGCCUGCGGUA